GGAGAGCGAGAGACCGAUCGCGGAGAUGGGAGGAGGGAGAGAGGGAGGAGGGAGAGCGGGAGGCGGGGUGGUGGUGGUGGGGAGGUGGAGGAAGCGCGGAAUGAAAAGCUCGGAGGGACCAGAAAGCAGCACAGCGAAGCCCAAGUUGCCGAGCGAGCGGAGCGCUCCCGCGGCCCCGGAGCCCGAGUGGCCGCCGUGCCCGGGAGCCUGGCCCGGCCCCGCCCGCUGGGGCCCCCUCGGCCCCAGGCCGCCGGGAGGGGGGCGGGGACGCCCAACUUGGGGCGCGGCGCAGCCCCGCUCUCCCGAGAUCGCGGAGCCCGGGAAUGCCACGGCGGCGGCCAGACGGCGGGAGAGGAGCGGGGAGAGAGGAGGCGGCGGGCGGCUCCUGAGCCCAGGCCUCCGCAAGAGCGCGAAUUAUUUUCAAAGGACUCAAACUUUCCUCUUUCCCUUGCUGGCUGUGGUGCCUCUUGCUUUGGAAACGUUCUCCGGAUUCCCGCGGGGGCGCCGGGACGCGAUCACCUCCCCCGGAUUCCUCGGCGGCGGCUCGGCUAACUUCGCGGACUCGGAGACGCGGAGCGCUCGCCCCGCGGCGGAAGCCAGUCCUCGCUGCUCCGGCGCUUCAGAGGACCGGGACCCGGGCGCCCUCGCCUCCGGGAAGGGCGCUCAGCCCCGCUCCCCUGGGUCGGGCUGCGGAGCCCUCCACACCUACUGCAGGACUGGAGCCAGCGGAUUAACCAUAGCAGAGACCCGGCCUCCUGGCCUGGCUCCGCCGAGGGGCGUCCCCUGGGCGGGGAAACCACAAGUUUUGCCAGGCAUCGGUGGCCUGUUGGAUCCGCGCGCGGCCGCCACAGCAGAGAGGUCCCUCGCGCUCAGCACGCUGGGCGGACAGCCCUGGGAACCCAGGACUGCUCGGUGGCCGAGCUUUCUGGGCCAGGGAGCUGGUUGCUGCGCCCGGUGCGCAGAGGCAUCAAGGUCUGGGCCAGCGCCCCCUGCGUCUCCACCCGGGCAGCCGCCCUAUGGAAAGAGAACGGAGCCGAGUCGCGGUUUGCUUAGACUCCUAGUCUCGGUCGCCGCCCUCUCCUUCGCGUCUCAGGGAAAAGGAGGGAACGCAGAGGGCAUCGCGGUGCCCCGGCGGAUGCGCCCCCCGCCGCCUCUCAGGCUGCGCCGCCUCGUGGGGAUGAAGCACUGGCCGUGAAGAUGGAGGUGACCUGCCUUCUACUUCUGGCGCUGAUCCCCUUCCACUGUCGGGGACAAGGAGUCUACGCUCCAGCCCAGGCCCAGAUCGUGCAUGCAGGGCAGGCCUGUGUGGUGAAGGAGGAUAAUAUCAGCGAGCGGGUCUAUACCAUCCGGGAGAGCGACACCCUGGUGCUGCAGUGCCUGGUUACUGGGCACCCUCGGCCCCAGGUGCGGUGGACCAAAACUGCGGGCAGCGCAUCCGACAAGUUCCAGGAGACUUCGGUGUUCAAUGAAACUCUGCGGAUCGAGCGCAUCGCCCGCACGCAGGGAGGCCGCUACUACUGCAAGGCGGAGAACGGAGUGGGCGUGCCGGCCAUCAAGUCCAUCCGCGUGGACGUGCAGUACUUGGAUGAACCUGUGUUGACGGUGCAUCAGACGGUGAGCGACGUCCGAGGCAACUUCUACCAGGAGAAGACCGUGUUUCUACGCUGUACCGUCAGUUCCAACCCGCCCGCCCGCUUUAUCUGGAAGCGGGGCUCCGACACCCUGUCCCACAGCCAGGACAAUGGGGUUGACAUCUACGAGCCUCUCUAUACUCAGGGGGAGACGAAGGUCUUGAAGCUGAAGAACCUGCGGCCCCAAGACUAUGCCAGCUACACCUGCCAGGUGUCUGUGCGUAACGUGUGCGGCAUCCCUGACAAGUCUAUCACCUUCCAGCUCACCAACACCACGGCACCUCCAACUUUGAAGCUGUCUGUGAACGAAACUCUGGUGGUGAACCCUGGGGAGAAUGUGACAGUGCAGUGCCUGCUGACGGGCGGCGAUCCCCUCCCACAGCUGCACUGGUCCCACGGACCUGGCCCACUGCCUCUGGGUGCGCUGGCUCAGGGUGGUACCCUUAGCAUUCCUUCAGUGCAGGCCCGGGAUUCCGGUUACUACAACUGCACAGCCACCAACAAUGUAGGCAACCCAGCCAAGAAGACGGUCAACCUGCUGGUGCGAUCCUUGAAGAAUGCCACCUUCCAGAUCACCCCUGACAUGAUCAAAGAGAGCGAGAACAUUCAACUUGGUCAGGAUCUGAAGCUCUCAUGCCAUGUGGACGCGGUGCCCCAGGAGAAGGUGAACUACCAGUGGUUUAAAAACGGCAAGCCGGCACGCACGUCCAAGCGGCUGCUGGUGACCCGAAAUGACCCUGAGCUGCCCGCUGUCACCAGCAGCCUGGAGCUCAUUGACCUGCACUUCAGCGACUACGGCACUUAUCUGUGCGUGGCUUCCUUCCCGGGGUCACCUGUGCCUGACCUCAGCGUAGAGGUCAACAUCUCCUCCGAGACAGUACCGCCCACCAUCAGUGUGCCCAAGGGCCGAGCAGUGGUGACAGUUCGGGAGGGCUCUCCUGCUGAGCUUCAGUGCGAAGUGCGCGGCAAACCCCGGCCUCCAGUGCUGUGGUCCCGCGUGGACAAGGAGGCCGCCCUUCUGCCCUCGGGGCUGGCUCUGGAAGAGACUCCGGAUGGGAAGCUCCGAGUGGAGCGCGUGAGCCGCGAAAUGAGCGGCACCUAUCGCUGCCAGACGGCUCGCUAUAAUGGCUUCAACGUACGAGCCCGGGAGGCUCAGGUGCAGCUGACAGUGCACUUCCCUCCAGAGGUGGAGCCCAGUUCCCAAGACGUGCGCCAGGCGCUGGGCCGCCCUGUGCUCCUGCGCUGCUCGCUCCUGCGUGGCAGUCCCCAGCGCAUCGCCUCGGCCGUGUGGCGCUUCAAAGGACAGCUGCUGCCCCCGCCGCCUGUUCUCCCCGCCGCUGCCGCCGAGGGCCCGGACCACGCCGAGCUGCGCCUGGACGCCCUGACCCGUGACAGCAGCGGUAACUACGAAUGCAGCGUCUCCAACGACGUGGGCUCAGCCACCUGCCUCUUCCAGGUCUCCGCCAAAGCCUACAGCCCGGAGUUUUACUUCGACACCCCCAACCCCACCCGCAGCCACAAGCUGUCCAAGAACUACUCCUAUGUGCUACAGUGGACGCAGAGGGAGCCGGACGCCGUGGACCCUGUGCUCAACUACAGACUCAGCAUCCGCCAGUUGAACCAGCACAAUGCCAUGGUCAAGGCCAUCCCUGUUCGGCGUGUGGAGAAGGGGCAGCUGCUGGAGUACACCUUGACUGACCUCCGUGUGCCCCACAGCUAUGAGAUCCACCUCACACCCUACACCACCUUUGGGGCUGGAGACAUGGCUUCCCGAGUCAUCCACUACACAGAGCCUAUCAACUCGCCCAGCCUGUCAGACAAUACCUGUCACUUUGAGGAUGAGAAAAUCUGCGGAUACACCCAGGAUCUGACAGACAACUUCGACUGGACACGGCAGAAUGCGCUUACCCAGAAUCCCAAGCGCUCUCCCAAUACUGGGCCACCUACGGACAUCAGUGGCACCCCCGAAGGCUACUACAUGUUCAUUGAGACAUCAAGACCCCGGGAGCUGGGGGACCGGGCAAGGCUGGUGAGUCCCCUGUACAACGCCAGCGCCAAGUUCUACUGCGUCUCUUUCUUCUACCACAUGUACGGCAAACACAUCGGCUCCCUCAACCUUCUGGUGAGGUCCAGGAACAAAGGCACUCUAGACACGCAUGCCUGGUCCCUCAGCGGUAAUAAAGGUAACGUGUGGCAACAGGCCCACGUGCCCAUCAACCCCAGCGGACCCUUCCAGAUUAUUUUUGAGGGGGUUCGAGGCUCGGGCUACCUGGGGGAUAUUGCCAUAGAUGAUGUCACACUGAAGAAGGGAGAGUGUCCCCGGAGGCAGAUGGAUCCCAACAAAGUGGUGGUGAUGCCAGGCAGUGGAGCCCCCCGCCUGUCCAGCCUGCAGCUUUGGGGAUCCAUGACCAUCUUCCUCUUGGCGUUGCAGAGAUGAUGAGAGCUGUGUGGCCCCCACCCCACCCUGCCCCCGGCACACCAAAGUGUCCACAUCGUACCAAAGACUGACCCCUGCCAGCCGGGGUGCCCAGGGGCGGGGCCGGCCCACCAGGGAGGGGGCCUUCAUUGGCUGCAAGGAUGAGUGGAGAACGUGGACAGAGGCCAGGCCAGACUCUGGUGGUUGUUCAACACACGCACACACUCACACACACACUCACACUCACACACACAGAUAUAUUAAAGCACAAGUUUCUAUUCGACCUGCCAGCACCUUCUUUACUGUGGAGAUGGGACUUACGUGAACGGCAUCCACCACCUCCAGGGACCUUGGUGCGACACAGGCCUCAUCUUGUCUGCACACUGCACUGUGUCUGUCUGACCUUGCCCUGUCCUGACUCAAGGCCCAACUCCAGCCCAGAUGCUUGCCAGAAGGGAGCUGGAUGUGGGCAAAAUAUCAGACUUGGGCUGCCUGGAUGGAGGUCACAAGGUUCAGAGGCAGUCCAGUCGGGACUCCGUGAGCUCUCCGACUGUCCCUUGUUCAGAGGCUGACAAGGAAGGGAUAUCUGCUGCAGAGUGGACAUGUUGCUCAACUCAGAGUCCCUGACCUGUUCCUAGGAUGUCCCCUUCCCCUCCGUACUGUGCCCACUUGGAAGGGCCCCAGCCCCCUGACUCCGAUCAGCAGCUAGAUGCCACUCCAGAUAGUCCCAGCUUGGGAUUUCCAGGGAAGCCAGUGCGUGAGGACUGGUGUUUAUACCAUUUUCCAGGUGAGCAUUGGCUUUGAGGGGAGCAGAGAGUCCUGCCUCUGUGACCCCAUGUCCCCACAGAGAACAAUGAACUCACAGUGGAGUGGAUCCCGUUUCUUAGGUAUUUGGCCAGAGAGUUCUGGAAGAGGGGGUUUGGGGGGAAUGUAAGGCACUGUCUAGUCAGCCCUGUGGAGUACGGGGGCAGGGAGGGGGAGAGAUGAAUUGAGGUGGUUGUGUCUCUUUGUUCCCUGGGAGCUGAGAAAAGGUUUCUGUCCUCGGAAUUGAUAGAAUAGGGUCUAGAACUUUUCCUCUUUGGGUCCCUUUACCUGCUACCUAGCUUUCAUGGGAGAGCAGAAUCCUAGCCCCUUCCAGGAUGAGUCUAUGUACACGUGCACGUGUGUGUCAGUGUUCAAGCGUGUCUGUAUGCACAUCUCUGCGUGUGUGAGAUCCCAUGUGCCCAUCCAUGUCUGUGUACCAUCGUUGGACGGGAGUGUGCAGGAACACGAGGCAGUAAGUAGUUAGCCCCGUCUCUGUGGGUGAGCGUCAACGUGCAGUCUUCACCUCAAAGACAUGUGUGUGGGGUGCUCGCCCUGUCUGCAGUCUCAGACUGCCUGCUACAGCCUUUCCACCCCUCUGGAUGACAAAGAGCUUGCAGAUGACCCUCUUGAAGGCUAGAUCCUUGCCUGGAGGCGUGACACAGGGGCUCUUCCCUGAGCAUUUGGGAGGACAACUGGAGAGAAGAGGCUGGAACCCCGGUAUCAUGGCAAUAGCCAGAGGCACACUGAAGAUCAAGACCCUUGCUGCCUAACCCCCAACCCCACCUGGCCUGUAUCACCACCACCACCACCACCUCCACCUCCUUCAUCAUCAUUGCCAACAUCACUGGCUGCUAAAUGGUCAGGCUACAGCCAGGCAUCCUGGUACCCAACCAGUGUGGCUGCCCUUCCUGGCCCUUCAAGCCCUUUGUCUGAAGUGAAUUGCUCUGGUUUCCAGAACACGCUUCUGUGACAUCUGCAGGGUAUUGCUCCUUAACUGUCCCAUCUGUACUGAGUCUAUUGCCCCAACUCGACUGUGGGUCCCUCCUGCUCUGAGCCCCUCCAUCAUUCUUGCUGUCACUAUAGUAGAAACUGGGUGGCAUGGAUUCUAUAAGCCAGUAGUCCCUGACCAUAUAGAAUCAACUGAGCAGGGGUCAGCCUGGGUAUAGGGUGUGAUUUGAUGGCAUCAGAAUGCAGCCUGGUAUUAGAAAUGUGAAGAAGCCUCUUAGGACAACCCAAGAGGGAAAUCUGGGGUCCUCUCAACCCCAGGGUCUCUGGGCCAGCAUUGUGCUAAAGAAAUAGCUCCCCCAACUCCUCCUGGGGUUCCCACUGUACCCUGAGCCUGCUCCCCCACAUUGACCCAUUGUCCUGACUGCUUUAAUUGUGGGGAUUCUUCUCUAUAUAUCUUAGAGCCGGACUCAGGAAAGGUGCACAGUAUGUGUUAGCCCCGUGUUCCAGAACCUUCUCUAUGGUGACAGCAGCCGUGCCUGAAGGGUGUGUGGUCUGAGAUUGAAAAGCCUGUUUAAGGAACCCACCCUCAUAUGCAAGUGAACGGGGCUGGGGUGGGCAUGUCUGUGUGAGCCCACCUUUGUGCAGGGGCGGUGAGGCCGAUCUGCGUGUGCGUGUGUGUGUGCCGGAGGCAUUUAGGUGUGUGCAGGGUUGAGAGUCUAAGUGUAACUGUAGGCAGGGCAGAAGCUGUUUGCACGUGGAAGCCUGUGUGAAUUGGCCUUCCUGUACCUAGCCUUGAGGGUCCAUGUUGAGAGGUGACCUGUGAACACCCCAGUCCCAGGAGACCAGGCUGACAGGAUGUAGCAGAUCUCUUCAGUGGCAGCCUCACCCUCUGUGUUGAGGGAGCUGAGGGAAACUGUGGCCUUAAAGCAGGGAUCCCAGAGUCAAGCUCUCAGGGUUCUGGGGCCCUUUUACUCCUGGGGCCCCUACAAGUUAGUGACUGGGAGGAGAAUAGUAUUCUUGUGACCAGGCAGUGAAGCGCAGUCAGUGGGUAGCCCCCGCUUGGCUGUCCUGUCCCUGGGACCACAGGGACCACAGGUAACCUCUAUGAACCUUCAUUCAUCCUCGAAGACAAAACCUGCUUCUCCGGGCACAUUCCUCCCAUAAUUCCCUCUUCCUCACUCACCAUCCUUCUUCUCCUGUUCUCCAGAAGCACCCGUUCAGGCUGACAGGGCCUGCACGAGACUCAGAAAAGCAGGUUUUUCACAGAUUUUGAAUGCAGAAGCUGGAAGAGAGACGGGCAUGGGCAGGUCUGGCUCAGUUCUUGGAGGCCUAGUGCUACAUCCCCAGGGGUGUCCUACCGUGAGUCACUGCUCCUGCGAACCCCUUACCAGAGUAGCUACAGACAGCCGAGUGGAACUGACCCUUCUCCGGGCGCUCUCCAUGCUGCCGAGGCCCAUUACACACGUGACAGGUGUUACUUGGAUUUUUUUUUUUUUUUUUUUUGAGAGACAAACCAUCUCCCCGUCCUACUCUGGCCUCUUCUUCCAGGCCACAGACACACCUCUCCCAAGGAGAGCACAGUUGUCACUUGGAGAUUGUCACUGCUCUCUGCACAGGAGUCUGAUGUCUCAUCAUCCUGACAUUCUUCCCAGGGCCAGGAGAGCUGCAGAGGUCAUGGAGUGUUCUUGGGGUUUUCCUCUGCUUGGCCAGCUCCAUGGGGCUGAGGAGGGACGUUCCCAGGGAAUGUCCCAUGAGUGUGGUGAGUGAACUCACCUGUACUGGCGAGUUCCUGCAGGCUACUAGCUGAGCUCAGGUUCUGGGUUCAUUCCGUUCUGUCAGUACUGGGCUUAUGUAUGUGUGAGCGCUCUCGUGUGUGUGUGUGUGUGUGUGUGUGUGUGUGUGUGUGUGUGUGUACCGAAGGACCACUCUUUUCUGGAGAUCUCUUGACCCUUAGCACUGGAAGGGACCUUAAAGGCAUCGAAUCUGGUGUGCCCACUAUACAGGUGUGAAAAACUGAGGUUCAGAGAGAAGGCAUCUGCCUGCCCCCAUCCUUCUCCCUUCCAUGUUUGGCCUGCUUUCAUUGCCCAGGGGUCCUGAUAUAAAUGCUCUCCCUCCUAGCACCCUCCUGCCCUCCUCUCAAACAUCCCAUUCCCCCCAUCUCAGCCCAGUUCUUCGGGAAGGGGACUGCUCUAGGGCAUCCCCAACCGUUAUCCCCCUCUGCCCCAUGGAAGUCCGAUCAUCAAAUGUUUAUCCCCAGUCCAUAAGGGACAGGAAAGUAGGGACUGUUCCUUCCCUAGCACCCCAUAGAUGGAGGAAAGCCAAUCCUCCCCAUAUGCCCAGACCCACUCGUCUGCCCCACCCACCCUGCCACCGAUUAAAAGCACAACAGGGUGACACGCGUGGGUCUCUCGCGACCCCCGCCUCACCCCUUUGCCUUGCUCUCUUGUCUCCACCCAGCCUCUGUUACCCACCACCCAUCUUUCUCUCUUCCACAAACCCCAAAAUGUAACCUCUAGUUGCGGACGCGGUUGUUUCAAUCAAUAAAGAUGCAGUGUUCUAGAA